AUGAUUGAUACGGACAAUCUUCGAACCGCCUCGCUUUACAUCAACAAUCAGCUGCUUUCGAGAGGUCUGAUCAGAGAUGGCCAUGACAUUAAUUUUGCAGACUUUGGAGAGAGGGGACUCGGAAGCCCUCGCAAUGCAAGCCGCGUCAUCAGCCUGUUGAACGAUCUGAUCCUUCGAAGAGAUCGCGACGCAGAGCAGCGCGAAUCCUUCUCGGCAACGGUUAUCAAUCUUCGAGCAGAGAACUUGAAAAACACAAACGACAUUGCCCGAUUAAAAGAGAAAUGUGCCGAGGCACAGCGAAAGAGCGACAUCGCAGCGACGUCCGAGGCGAAACUUCAGACGCAGCUCAAGUCGGCCGAAGCUGUCGUGAAAGGACUUAAGGACGAACUAGCAAAGACAAAAGGGUUGGUGGCUCAGGUGCGAGCAUCAUGCGCAACAGAGAUACGGCGGCGCGAUCGCCAAAUCGAGACUCUCAAGAAGCAGGUUGGCGAGGCUGGCCGUGUCAGAGGGACAAGGUCUGGCUCUGGAAUCGUGUCAAUUACUGACAAGGAUUACUCUUUGCGCAGCGAGACGAAUACUUUUCUGGCGAGUCUGGCACAGAACCUGAGUGAGGAGAAUGAAGUCCUCUUGGGAGUAGUGCGGCAAGCGAAGGACCAAUUGCAAGAAAUGAGUGGAUGGAGCGGUGAGGGAAAGGAGGGCUCUGAAGUGGUCAAGCCUCAAGGCUGGGAAGAGAUUGCAUCAGAGCUGGGUGCUGUGAUGAACCACAUGAGAAACAUCUUGACGAACCCAUCGUUUGUACCAAUCGAAGAGGUCGUGAUGCGAGAGCAACAGAUCGACCAACUCAAGGAGGCCGUGAUCAAAAUGGAGAGCCGAUGGGAAGAUACUGUUCAACUGAUGGAUGGUUGGCGGAAGAGAAUGGCGACAAGCGGCAAGCCCAUUGGAGAGGAGGAUAUCAUGAUGGGGUUGCAUUUGAGCCCGGUUCGUGUCUCUGGUGUCGAGGAAACGAGAUAUGCUCGCGAGUCUGUCCUACCAGCCGUUGAAGAGGAGGAAGAGCCCGAGGAAGAUUUAUAUGGAUAUACUGAUGACGAGUUCAGUGGCUUCUCUGGCGACGGCAAUAACGGCGAAGAAGAAAACGGGGAUGAUGAUAACAACAAUGACGAUAACGGCGACGACGACGAUGUGGUAGCUAUGGAAUGUGACACUGAAGAGCCGAAUGGCCACAGAACAGAGACAGAAGAGGCCGCAAUGGUAACCGACGAUAUGGGGCAAUCUAUGGAGUUGGAGUCGCAAUCUGAGCAGUCUCAGACGGGCCCUCUUAAGAAUUCUUCCUCGGCUGGCAACCGUGGUCCUCAGCAGAACACACUCCGGCAGAAGCUUACUUACACUGCCUCCGCCGCAAGGGGGCCACAACAGCCAGCUGCAACGGCCAAUACCGACGCCGCCAAGCAGACAGUUGAUCGGGCUACCGGAUCUCUUGCUGCUCAACGGCAGCUGCCUGUUCCCCCGAAGGCUACCAAACCCGCGGAGGAAACCCGUAUGGGCUCUACGACAUCUCUGGACGAAGUUCUACUGGGGAACAAUGAAAAGGAGGCUAGCAAGAGAGAGGACAGCCGUUCCGAAGAGCAUGCUCCUUCGAGAAGCGGACUCGCCGUUGUUACUGCUUCAAGAACGGGACAUCUACGCUCAAUACCACGCCGUGUGCCCGUUCGUUUACCACAUCCGCGACUACAUGGCGCGAGGCCUCAACCUCCAUCUCCAUCUAAGACUGCCAUUGCUGCCAAGCUCGCCGCUGCAGAAAAACAGGCUGAUGCUGCCCGCGCCCGCGCAAAGCUCAGGGCUCUCCACAAUACGGAAGGUGUCCAACAGCCUACCGUGAUCUCUGCCGAAGGAUCGUCGAGGCCGGCGGCGACGAGAACGGGCGCUCCAGCGGUUAAUGGCGCAAGGGGCUUGAGUCCGGCAAAGAGAGAAGUUGCGCAGCCAGAAGCACAGCAGCCGGAGAAGCGCAAGAGGGACAGAAGGGUGGCCAAGGUUACGUCGAGGCGGAGGAGCACACUUAGUCCUUUUGAGCUGCAGAGUUUGAUAUCUGGCAAUGUUGAGUGA